AUGUACAACCCUUACCAGCGUGCUUAUGGUCACCCCCAGGAAUAUGGCGCAUAUCCCGGUGCGCCUGGUGCACCUCCAGGCAUGGCUCCUCCUCCAGGGAUGGCAGCACCAGGUACAGCUCCUCCUGCGAACAUGCAACAGGCGAACAAUCAGCAGCCUGGUCGCCCCGGAGGGUUCCCAGCUAACUUCCAACCACCGCCGAAUAUGCCAAACAUCAACUUCUCCGCCCCAGUGAUCCGCCUGGGCACUUCAGGCCCCGCCAAGCCUGCCGGGCCAGAGAUGGGCCGUGAGCGUGGACCAGAGGGCCCCCGACGUGCUGGUCUCGGUUCCUCUAGUGAAGGGCAACGUCACCAUGGCCGCGAUGCGAUGAUGCUCCCCCAGCCGCCUACCCGUGAUGAGAUUGUGCGAACACUUUUCGUGGGUGGAAUUACGGAAGGUGCUGGUGGUGAUGAUGGCAUUGAGCGCAUUCUGCAGUCGGCAGGCCGCCUCCGACGAUGGAUUCGUGCGACCGAUGCUGAUGAGAAGCCCUGCCGGUUCGGAUUUGCCGAGUUUGACGACCCGGAGAGUCUGGAGACAGCGGUCGAGGUUCUUAAGGAGAUUGAGAUCCCUGUUAAGCGACAGAUGCCUCGCGCUGAGGGUGAAGAGGAGAAGGAAGUGGAAAAGAGCACACUACUUGUUGUGGUGGACGAGAGCACAACUAAAUACUUGGAGCAGUUCAAAGAUAGCCGAGGCGAUCGAGACCCCGUAGAGAUCAACGCACGCUUUGAGGCAGCCCGUAGCGAUCUAAAGAGCGUUCUUAAAGACCUCUUCCACCCGAAAAACCCUACUAAGAAAGAGGAUGCCUCCGCAUUGGACCGGGAAGGUGACACUGAGAUGCAAGACGGCGACGCAUCAAAGGACGGGGAAGUAGUCACCAUCCCAAUCACCAUCGAGGACGAAUUGGCCGAUAUACCCCCAGAGAUGCGUGCGAAUGUGGCCAAGGAGAUCGCUGCAUUCCGCGAGCGGAGUAACCGUCGUGAUAUUGAACGUCUGAAGCGUGAAGAGGAGAUUGAGUCUAUGGAACGUGCUCGCAAUGCAGGAUCACGCUACAGCCGUCUUGCUUCUCCUCUUGCAUCCGCUCCUAGUGGUCCAGCCGGUGGUGCGAACGGCAUUCCUCUGGGUCCCCGUGAUCGUGGCAUGCCCAAUGCACCGGCUGGCCCUAAGGGAUUCGGUGUCCAAAUUCCAAAGGACUACCAGAAAGGCGUGUCUUUUGUCAAUGGUACCAACGGACAGGCUUAUGGGAGUCGCGAAGACGAAGACUCGGACGCGAGUGACGAGGAGCUUGAACGCCGCCGCCAGGCUAAGCGAGAAGCAGAUCAAGAAAAGCAGUUCCUGGACCAAGAGCGCCGGUGGCUCAACCGAGAGCGAAGCCGAACGGCCGCUCUGGAGCGUGAAAAGAAGCGCGACAAAGAUGAUGAUGGCAAGCUGCAGGCUGCUCACGAUGAAAUGGAUGAGCGGAUGAAGGAGUGGAAUGAUGAUAUCGAGGCCAGCCGCAAGACCUCUGAAUACUACGCUGACCAUGGUGCCUGGCUCCGAAGCCGCGCCAUAUUCCGUGCUCGCGAAGCCAGCUUGGAUGAUGCUGAUCGUGCAGCCGAGGAGCGUGAGCGUGCACAGUCCGCCAAGAAGCAGGAACAGGCUCGUGGCGCUGCCGACGAUUUCCUCGCCCGCCAGGCUCAGGAGCUGGAGACCCGUAUCGAGGAACCGCGAGAGCCUCAGCGCUUCAAGUUGUCUCUCGGAGCUGCGGCCCAAAAGGCCCAAGCUGCAACUACUCGUCGCACUGCCGCCGAAGUUGAAGGGUUGCUGGAAGAUGAGGAAGAGCCUGCCACCACCACCCGCCGCCCUCUCAUCCCGAUCAAAUUUGACACCGCUGCCGAGGCUGCUGGUCUUUCAGAUGAGGAGCGAGCACAGGCGGCGCGUCAACUUGCUGCAGAAAUCCCCACCGACAAGGAGGGACUGUGGAAGUGGGCGAUCAAGUGGGAGUUUGUGGACGAAGCCGUUCUCAGCGAUCAGAUCAAGCCCUUCGUGGAGAAAAAGAUUGUCGAAUACCUGGGUGUACAGGAGCAAAUGCUGGUAGAUGUUGUGGAGGGUCAUGUGCGCCAGAAGGGUUCUCCUCAGGAACUCGUGGAUCAGCUCGCCGAGGCUUUGGACGAAGAAGCCGAAGUGCUAGUUCGCAAGCUAUGGCGUAUGCUUAUUUUCUUCUCGGAGAGCGAGAAGCGUGGUUUGUCGGCAUAG